AUGGCACCUCCAUGUCAUGAGGAAUAUUUAUCUCGUUGGGCGGCAAAAACUCAAUCACCGGUUUUAAGCAUUGACUAUGGGAAGGCACCAGAAUAUCCUUAUCCAUAUGCUUUAGAGGAAUGCUUUGAUGUCUAUCAAAGUAUUGUGGAAGGUAAUGGUGAAGUGAUUGGGAUGGGCGGAUGGAAAGAUAGGGACGGUAACGAAAAAAAACAAAUCAAAAUAGCAUUGGUGGGUGAUUCCGCGGGAGGAAACCUUGUGGCUUCAGUGAUGUAUAAAAUUCUCGAAUCUCAAACACCCCUUCCACAUCCUACCGGCCUUGUCCUUAUAUAUCCGUGUUUAGAUUUUGACAUCAAUUGCUGGAUGUCUCCAUCUCAACUCUCUGUUAUUAGGGCCGAAUCAACUCAUUCUAUCCCCGGAGUACUGGAGUCUAAAGAUCACUUAAGUCACAAGAGUCCCUUGGCUGUGGUCCCGGAUGUCAAAAAGAAGAGAUGGAGAAGAAGUUUUUCGGGGUCAAGAGAGGAUGAAAGAACUAUUGAAGAACGUGUUCAAGUGAUCGAAGGCCAUGAUGUGACUGACCACGAUAAAAUUCCUCGCCCAGUUAUAGGAACACGAUUGGCAAUGACCAGCCGUAUGAGUUUCUUUAAUGACAGAAUUAUAAAUCCCGAUUUGGUAAUAAAAGGCCUUUUAAGUCUAAAUUAUUUGUUUUUUUACUGGUAA